ACUUUUCAACUUCAAAACGACACUUGAGAAUCAUUCAAAACAAAUGCAUUUCCCAACGUCUUUAUCCAUAUAUUCAAUCUAACUGGAAGCCCUAACCCUGACCCUAAUCCCUAAACGCUAACGCUAAUCUCUAACCGCUAACCCUAAUCCCUAACCGCUAACCCUAGCCCAGUAUCUUGCGUGUGUCGUGUUGAGUGUACGUAGGUGAGAGCAUAACAGAGGAAAAGUGGGUGCGGUGGGGCCGUGCAGCCAGAUCGGGAAAGUGGGAACCCGAACCCAUGGACCUCGAUAGCAAAAGGCUGUAUUGUACGGAUCAAGACGGUUUAUCUUCGAAAGCCGAUCGAUCAGUGAUCACUGAUCGCAGCCUUCGUCCUACCGUCUUCAUCGAUUACAUCCGACCCUCUCUCUCACUUCCGCAUUCGUUUGCCGCUGCGGUCUUCGGGCUCAUUGCGCUCCGCCUCUGGUAUCUGACAACCGAAAGCGCUCCUACCUACCGUAUCGAUUCUGCCUAUACGUUCUUAUCUGCAUUCGACAUGGUGGCCUCCCAGGCGGAUGACAAGUCCCUUCUAGACAGGCUAAAUGCCCUCAAACCUUCGAGCAUCACACUUAGCAAACCCCCAGACGCUUCUACUAUGACAGCAUUAGGUGUUCAACCUGAACCUGGGGAUGACUUGACGGCGCGUCUAAAGACCCUUCGGAACCGGACGGGUGAAUCUGUCAAUGACCAAGGGCGGGGGCAUCGGCCCGCUUCAGACUUGGCGCCCGUGGAUGCGCUCGGCUCAGCAACACAGCCUCCUGCAGAACCAUGGGUCAACGCAGGAAGCCGAUCCCCCGAAGAGAAGGUCGCAGUUCAGGCGUCUCCACCAUCGGAUUCGGUGCCUGCCAGUGCGAGCCAGACGCAAAGCCGCUACCAGUUUGUUGAAGGAGUCUCGGGCGAUGACGAUGAGGCCAUUGACGAACUCCUCGAGGGCUUGGGAGAUGGGGACUUCGACCUCGCCGAUGAUGGUGACGACGGCGGCGUAGAUCUGCUUCCGGAUUGUGACCCCGGCGCCGAGUCAAAGAAGGUUGCCGAUCUCCUUGAAUCGCUCCGGACGAACCCAGGCUCUAGCAAAGGCAUCGACACCCCCGACGAUGACGAUGAUUCCAUCGGGGAGCAGAUGUCUCGUGCCGUCGAAGCGAUACUCUCCCAACUGCAGGAUGGGGAAAACUCACUGCCGCCCCCAAGAGCUGCCGAAGAGGACAGUGAAACCCCACAUACAGGGGGCGCGAAGGAGAUUGGGCCCGCGGACAUUGAGGGCGCAAGGUCUACGAGUGAUGAGGGCAACACCGCCCCGGCGCUUCCCACCGUGCCCACGCGGCUUGUAGAUCCAGUCCCCGACGGAGCAGAGGCAGAUGAGGAUUUUGAGAAUGAGAUCUCGAACCGCUUAGCUGCAUUGAGAGGCUUCCGGUCCGGCUCGACUGUAGAUGCCUUUGGGCUGCCCUCGGCGCCCACUUUCCGGCCGCAAGACCGUCACACCUCUCCUGGCAGCAAACAACCAGGGUCUACCAAGUACACGGAUGAGGACCAGAAGACUUGGUGUGUCGUGUGUCUUGAGGAUGCAACCAUACGAUGCAUUGGGUGUGAUAACGAUGUGUAUUGUGCGCGCUGCUGGCGUGAGAUGCACAUUGGUCCUUCUGCUGGCUACGACGAACGUGGACAUCAGUGGGCAAAGUUUGACCGGUAUAGCCGUGUCUAGCACUUGAGAUAGAGCGCACCACGCUUAACCUAGCUACAGCGCAAUACAUGUCGCUAAUAAAGCACAAUUCAUGAAAACCGCCCGUCCCAAACCCAGACUUGAUCCGGAGCAACGAAUCGCUAUCCCUCGUACUUCGUAUCAUACCCGUG